GCCGAAAUAUAGCGCAGGUCUCGGUGCUUUAUUAUUUUACUAGAAGAACAAAAAAAAAUGGGUGUGUAUCGCCUUCUAUUCAUUACCACUCUUAUUUCUUUAGUUUCUGCAACAAUACUGUGCAGCUAGAAUUGUCGCAAUGGCAAAGUUCAUCUCCCGACUCUUGACCUUCUUACUGUUGGCCAAACUCACGGUCCAGCAAAAAUUGGAGCCAAUAGUUUGCGAUUGCGGCUUCACCGACGAAAACAAUAACUACUGGAGCAAUGUGUGGCAUUCGGACUUUACAACAUAUCAAGACAGCAUACAUUUAGAUAACAACUAUGUAGUAUCGACAUUUACUAUUCCUGCCAAACGUGAAAACUCUUUGGACCGCGUGUUCAGCAAAGACAAUGCUGAUAUUCUCGACGGACACCUGCGACUUGCUGUUACAAACGAUAACGGUGAUAUUAAGUGUGGUUCCAUUAGUACUAGCAGUCAGAACUUCCUUUAUGGUUCUUUCAGAGCAAAUAUGAAGAUUACGGCUGUUCCCGGAACUGUAUCCGCAUUUUACUUGUACAAGAAUGACACUAGCGAAAUUGACAUGGAAACUCUCAGUGCAAUCCAUGAUCCAUGGCAGGUGUACCUCUCGGUCAAACCACAAAUAUAUAACGCCAAUGGAUCAGCAGCUUAUGAAACAUUAAGGCGGUACACUGAGCCAAUGAAUCCUACCGAUGAUUUCCAUGAAUAUCGCUUCGAUUGGUUUCCUUCUGCCAUCAACUAUUAUUUAGACGGUCAGCUUGUGGAGACCAUAACUACAAAUGUACCAUCAGCUCCAGGACGAGUGUCCUUCAACCACUGGACGGACGGUAACAUCAAUUAUAGCAAAGGCCCACCAACCGAAUCUGCUUUUCUAGAGAUAAGCAAUGUCACUGUGUUCUAUAAUACGUCUUCUGAAAGUUCGUUGGGUUGCUCCAAAAUGUCGGCCGGUUGCAACGUUUCAGAUAUUGUCCAACGGAGAAUACUACCCGCUACCUCACUCAACUCUAAUUACACUUCCCUUUACACUUCCAGCUCCAGUAAGCUGCAGGCCACUACAGUGCUUAUAGCCGCCUGUAUACUAAUCUUGAUCUUGGUGCAAUAACGUGUGAUGAUCAUCCGAGACAUCCUAAUGCACUGUAUAUUACAUAAAGCGUAUUUUAGCAUAUAUAUUUGGCAC